GCGACCACCGGCAGUCUUCACUCAGUACUCUUCGGUGACUGUUCUGCGUUUAACAACAUCUGAAAAUUACCAACGUCCUCGCGCUCAACGCCAAAAAUAUUUAUUAUCAUUUCAGUUAUUCAGCUCGAACUGUUGCGUUUUUAUUUUUCCCCGACACUCGAUACGGACAUAAUAAUUUUUAGUGUCAAUUUGUUUUUAUUUAUCGUCGGUCGUGUUGUUAUUCCGCCGAUUGUUUUUAUUAUUGUAAAUGCGUGCGGAGUGUGUCCAUAGGCUGACGACGACUAAGAUGACAUUACGUCGUUGCCGCCGUUGACUUGACGUGUUUCGUUUGGUCGCCGCUCGCACAGUGUUUUUUUAACCCGUGAUGGAUACCAAGUAUCAGAAAAAACAAUCGUCGACCACUGCGGUAUUAGUUCGUUCACGUCCCGUGCAGUUUGCGCAAACUUUGGCCAGGGUGUUGCGUAUUGGUCGCAAGGAGAAAAUCUCGAAAAAGUCUGUAACUAAGAAAGCAGUCGCAGUCGCCAAAACGUCUACUUAUUCGCAUCAGCCGCCGCAGCAAAUAGUCAUGCCGCCGCCUCCGACGAUGCAGUCCGCGUCGUCACCACCGCCUCCUGUACUUCCAGCCGCGUCUCAAGUGAACACUACUGGACUUAACGGUCAGCAGACGGUAGUGACCGACAAGACGGAUAGCAUGUUGAUGGCGGUCACCAAAAGAAGUCCGAAAGACUACAUUUUCGGCAGAGUCAUCGGCGAGGGCAGCUAUUCUACCGUGUACUUAGCCAAAGACAUCCACACGAAUCGCGAACAUGCAAUUAAAGUUUGCGAAAAACAACAAAUAAUCAGAGAGAAAAAACGCGAACAGGUACGUCGCGAAAAGGACGCCCUGAACAUCUUGAGCAAUUCGGGGUCCAGUUUUUUCGUCAAGCUGUACUGCACGUUUCAGGACACUGAAAGAUUGUACUUUGUCAUGUCUUACGCCAAAAACGGGGACAUGUUGCCGUACAUCAACAAGGUCGGGUCGUUUGACGUCGCCUGCACGAGGUUCUAUUCCGGCGAGAUCCUCCGCGCCCUGGAACAUCUACACGACCUAAACAUCAUGCACAGGGAUCUAAAGCCAGAGAACAUACUGCUCGACCAUAAGAUGCAUAUCAAAGUAGCAGACUUUGGUUGUUCCAAAAUCAUUGAACAGACUGACGCCGUUGACGGCCGUAGUGCCAUCAAUGAAGAUCAACAAACCAAGCAAAGACGCAAUAGCUUUGUUGGGACUGCCCAGUACGUCAGUCCCGAAUUGUUGACUGAAAACACCAUUUCCACCAGUUCAGACCUAUGGGCUUUGGGCUGUAUUAUCUACCAAAUGAUAGCUGGUUUACCGCCAUUCCGAUCCAGGAGUGAAUACAUGUUAUUCAAAAAAAUCCUCAGUCUCGACUAUGUGUAUCCUGAUGGAUUCAGCGCCGAUGCAAAAGACCUGGUGCAGAAACUUUUGGUAUUGGAUCCAAAUGAGCGAUUGGGUGCCAAAGAUGCCAAGCGCUACACAUCCAUAAGGUCUCAUCCCUUUUACGAGGGAUUGGAUUUUGAUAAGUUACACGAAAUGGACCCACCUCCAAUAUACCCUUACCUGCCCGGUAACAGCGAGGGCCAGGAAUUACGCAGUCAGUAUCGAGUUCCUGAUCACCUAGAACCAGGUUUGGACUACAGGCAAUUGACCAGGUUGUUAGGACUUGAGUCCCAAAGUAGUUUAACCACCCCAGCACCUGCUCCAAGACCUCGUAAAAGGUCUGGAGUCCUACAUAUGACUGAUGAAGAAAAACAGCAUCAACUGCAACAGCAAAAAUGCAAUAGUAUAUGGCACAACCUAGUUGAAGGCAAUCUUAUAGUGAAACAAGGGCUCGUCGACAAGCGAAAGGGUUUGUUUGCAAGAAGGCGUAUGUUAAUGUUGACUAUGGGUCCUCAUUUGUAUUAUGCUGAUCCUGUUUCUAUGACCUUAAAAGGUGAAAUACCUUGGAGUCCACAAUUGCGUGUCGAACCGAAAAAUUUCAGGAUAUUUUUUGUUCAUACGCCUAAUCGGACGUACUAUUUGGAAGAUCCUGAAGGAUUUGCACUAGAAUGGUGUAAAGCCAUUGAAGAAAUGAGAGUUUUCAUGUAUGGUGAAAAUAUUACCUGUGCUUAACGAAACCGUGUUAUUCGGUGACUGUUUUUAGUAUAAUUUCGACAUAACUAUUUUAUCUAUUAUGAUUUGAAAAAAACCUGCGUUAUUACAAUAUUUCAGUUUUUAGUUUAUAAUAUUGUUGCAGUAUUUUGUUUUAUAGAAAAUGAUCUGCAAAUGUGUCUGUGAUAUUAAAUUUUAAUUUUAAA